GACCCCCUCUUCGACGACGCGCAGGGUUCUCUACCUCCAGACUCGCUGGAGCCCGAUCCUCAUGCGCAUGGGCUGAGGGAGGACCUCAAGGACUCUGCCUUCGACUCGUCGUCCGAGCCCGAGCCCCCUGGCGGCGCAGAAGAAGAUGCUGACCCCGCUGGCUCGGCGGCUGCUCAGGAGGAGAUCGCGCGCGACACCGCUGGCGACGACGAGCAG